AUGCCUCUGAAGACUACCUUGUACCUCAAAUCGGCCUCCAUGCGCUGGCCUCGCAAGCAGAAGCGCCGUGAGCUGCUGUCAGUCAACAUGAUCAGCCUACCGCUGGGCGACUUCCGCCACCUCUCACACAUCGGAAUGGAUGCCCACGGUGAUGUCUUCGGCGACCUCGCAGCCUUCCAGCGGACCGGUAGUCUCAUCCUCCACAGCUCUAAAAGCCACCAGGACCUCUACUCUAACAUCACCCCCAACGAGACUCCCCCACCCCCACCCAAGCCCCCACGCCUCCUCAGCCCAGAAGAGAUGGAUGCACAGGCCGCCAAAGCCAGAACCCUUCCCCAGGCUUCCAGGCACAAGAGGCGCCUCUUCCUGCCUUUACUGGAUGGUGUGGAGGUGGUGGAGCAUGACAGGUUGCACCACGGAGAGGAGGUAAAGCAGGAGCAGGAAAAGAAGGAGGAGGGAGGGUUAACGAUGGGGCCGGAUGGAUCCGAAUUGAACACGGCCCCCCAACAGGCUCCUUGUCCCCCAGUGGAGGCCCCUCCAGGGGUCGAUGAAGACUCGUCUUUUGUCCUGGACCUUGACCUGGGGCCGUCCAUACUAGAGGAUGUCCUGAAAGUAAUGGACCAGCUUCACCAGUAA